AUGCCACGGAGAAGGAAAACUGGUGGGAGUCCUUCUCGGAAGAAUGGCAAUUCUGACAGAACUGCUGUUGCUGUAUUCCAAGGGGACCCAAGCCGCUCAGUGUCACCAGGAGUGCAUAGUGUCAAUAAGGAAGAGCUCUUCAACAGCAUGUCAGAAAUGUUUUCUGACCUAGAUCCUAGUGUGGUUUAUAUGGUUCUGUCUGAAUGUGAUUUUAAAGUAGAAAACGCUAUGGAUUAUCUGCUAGAGCUGUCCACCCACGCCAAAGGAGUGGCAUCUUCAAAAACCUUGGGUUUUGAUUCAGUAGCAUCAUCACUAGCUCUUGUUAAUCAACAAAGAUCUGUUGCAAAUGAAAGAAUGGGGGAAAGUACUGCAGAACAAAGUAAUUCUGAAGAAGAAAAAGAAAAGGUCCUAUCACCUCAUGUGCAGCUGACUGAAGAACUGGAUUCUUUAAUAGAAAAUGCCUUUCAGAGAUACAGCUUGAGUGAUGAAUUACCUAAUUCUGCAAAUGACCAAAUAGUACAUAAGCACUCUGUGGAACACGAUGGCUUUAAUGAAUUUCCUGAGCAGGAAAAAUCUGAUUCAGGCUGCAAUGUCCUACUUUUUCCACAGCAAACAGGGACAAAUGAUGAGGUUUUAGAAAGCUUCUGCUGUUCUCAGCCACCAGUGAGUCACCUGAGCAUCCAGACAAGCUCACCAGCUGCAUCAGACACUUUUGCACAGAUAUUGGAAGAUUCUGAUCUGUCAGAAAUACAUAUGCAACAUGAUGUAGCUUCAGAAGUUUAUAAACAAUUGAAUGGAGAAAUAUGUGGAAAUUCUGAACAGACACAAGAUACUGUUUUGGAUCAAAUAAGUGUGACUGCUGCUUCUGGUGAGUCAUCCCAAAGACCUCUGGAACCUGGAGUAGCUGUCACUGGAGAUCCUAAUUCAGGGUGCCUGGAACAGCAUGAAGAGGUGGUGCCUGCCUUUAACAGCCACCAGAGCACUUCUCUUCCAGAGGCCUAUGUCUCUCUUGAAACAUCCAGUUUCAAAACACCCAAACCUGCAGAUUUUCAGCAAACUCAGCAGGGUUAUAACUUAAAUUUUUCUACACCGUCAAGUCAACCUCAACAGCACUGGAAUCUCAUGGCUCCCGUGUUUUAUCCAUCCAGUGGAAGUCACAGCUUUGUAACUCCUGUGGCUGUCAGUCCAGGGCAGUGGAGACCUGUUUCAGACUAUAGGACUGUGGAAAAAGGACUUUUUUUUUCCUCUCCAGUGGUUUCAAAUGCCUGGGAUAGCAACCCUUCUCUGAAGGUAUGGGGAAAUCAAGAUAGAAACUCAAAAUUGAACCUCUCGCAAGCACAGCAGCCACCUGUUUGUCACAUGAUGAGAAAAAAGAUGCACCUUAUAGGUCAAGUACUUGUUCUUCUCAGAGGUGUUCCAGGAUCAGGAAAAUCGUAUUUGGCAAGGACUUUGCUUGAGGAUAACCCAGGUGGAAUCAUUCUUAGUACUGAUGAUUACUUUUAUAAGCAUGGACAAUACCAUUGUGAUCCCAAUUGCUUAGGGGAAGCACAUGACUGGAACAGGAAACGAGCCAAAGAAGCAUUUGAAAGGAGACUCUCUCCUAUAAUAAUAGACAACACAAACAUACAAGCAUGGGAGAUGAAGCCUUAUGUUACUUUGGCUUUGCAGUUCAAAUACAAAGUCAUGUUCCGAGAACCAGACACUUGGUGGAAGUUUAAACCAAAAGAACUUGAAAGACGAAACAUUCACGGUGUAUCUAAAGAAAAAAUUAAAAGAAUGUUGGAACGGUAUGAACACUGCCUUACUGUUCGUUCAAUAUUGGAUUCUUCAGUCCCAGACAAAUCAGAAGCUUCUGGCUGGAGUGAAGAUUCUUGUCAGGAUGAAGGCCAUAGAAAGAGAGAGGCACCUUCUGAUGUAAAGGACAAAGAACCUUUUGCUUCUGAUGUGGAGCCUCUUGAAUUAGCUGAAGAUGAUAAAACUUUUCCCAGUACUUCUCUAACUUUAGAAAGUAACUGUGAUCCUGAAUAUUUUCAGAAAGAGGAAAAAGAAAUGGAAAAUAACUCGGUGGAACACAGUUCUGAGAACAGUGCUGUUCAAGAUGACUUGGAUGUUUGUUUAUCAGAUUGUGUAGAAAAAGAACUGCCCUUGGAGAAGAAAGAAGAAAAGGGAGAAAAAGUAGAAAAAAAUACUAAAACAGAAAUGGAUGAAGUUGAUGUGACCACGACUGAAGAGACUGUGUGCUUGCAUACAGGAGGAGUUGAGGAACACAGUGAUAACAACAUUCUCAAAGUUCAAACUGAAGCUGAACAAUCUGGCGAAAUAUGUACGGAACCAAAAUCAACACAAAGUAGUAACAUAGAGGAACGAAGCAGUUCAGCUUUUGACACAUCAGGAAAACCAGAACUGCUAAACUUUCUGGGUGACUGGCCUGUAGAACAAACAAUGGGACAGAGAGUCAAAAGAGCUAGAAGACUAGAAAAAUCUUCUCUGAAGAGUGAUACGGAAGGUAAAACUCACAGUCAGCAGCAUCCUGAGUUAGGUAAAGAGCAAGCAGGCCUGCCUGGGACCUGUACUGUUGAAAAAGGACAUGAAGAAGAAAAUCUAGCCUCUAGCUGUUCCUCUGUUAGUUCAGAUAAAGUCACACCGGAAUUGCAAAUGAUGGGACAUUGGCCUGUCUCAGGCUCAUUAGAACAGAGGCAACAAAGAUCAAGGAGAAUGAGAAAGACAAGUCUAAAUCAGUCCGAUGAAGGCAGAAAUACUGAAGGUGACAUUAAUAGAAAUGCUCUUGAGACCGUAGAUGUGCUCCGUGGGACACCUGUGAACACUGCAGAGCCAACGGAUGCAAAGAGUUUGCAUAUGCACCAACCUGAAACAGUAGCUAGUGAAACAGUAGGUGAGAAAAAAACCCAGCAAAGUAAGAGAAUGAGGAAACAUCACAAAUUAGCCCUCACUUUUACAAACAACAAUUUGCCCCAUCCCAAAGAAGUGGAACACUUGUCUAUGCUUAACGCAGCAGAAGAGAAACAUGACACAUGUUCAUGUAGACAAAAAAGUAGCCAUUCACAGACUGAAUCACAGGACUUUGCUCUCUUGUGGAGAUUAGAAAAGAGAAUGCUUUUUCCUGAGACUACCAAAGUGUUGCAUGGCAGACUAGAUGGCUUCAAACCCAAAGACGUAGAUAAUGCCUCAGAUUCUCAAGAAAAAAUACCCUAUCGAGCUACAUAUGAUAAAAGUACAUUUGUGGAAGAAAGUGAACUUACCAGUAUUGAUGAGUCUGAAAAGCUAAAUAUGCUAUGUAAGCUCUUUGAGUCUGUUUCAGUUGAAGCUCUGAAAGAUCUGUAUGAAAGAUGUAACAAAGACAUAGACUGGGCCACAGCUCUGCUGUUAGACUCUGAUGAAAAGUUAUGGAAAGAUGUUGAUACUGAAUGCUUUCAAGUAAGAGAAGGUGAGCCAGUUGUUGCAGGCUUUGAUUUCAAGGCAAGUACAAACUAUGGUGAGAACCUCAAAGACUGUGAACAAAUGCUGCAAAUAAUUGGGGCUGGUGAUAUCUCUGAGCCUUCAGAAGACAAGAGCUCAUCGCUCAGCAUUGCAGAAAGUAGGGCUACCAAGGCAACUGUGACAGAUGCUGAUGUGUCUGAUUCGUUGACUGCUACCUCAUUGAAUCGUUCAGCAGAACUGAAAAAUUCUGGAGAUGCAGCCCCUAGAACUGACGCAGGCAGCUUGGCAGCAGGUAUCAUUGAGCCAUCCGGUUCAGGAAAGCAGAAGAUAGAGUCUGAGAGACCUGUUGAAGAAACUAUAGAUAAGCCAUCAGUCUCACAGCUUGAUGCAGGUUUAUAUAUACCCAUGACUUUGCCUCAUGGUCCUAACACAACUUCUACCAAUCGGAAAUUUGAAUUAAGUAACGAAAGUGACAGUAACCCUUCAGAAAGCAAUGCAGAGAAUUGCAAAGUGACUGCUUCGUUACUGGAAAGGGAUCACGCACCUCUGGGGGGUCCUAGGAGUGAUAAAGAACUAGGGACAGAUAAAGAAACCCAGGGGAGUUCCAGGGAGAUAUGUUGUGAAGAAGAAAUGGAAACUCCAAGCUGGGAUGAAACUAAAGGAAAGAUGCAAAGCCCUAUACCAGCAUCACGUGCAGCCUUCAAUAUAGAUUGCCUAGAACUAACAUUACCUCCUGAACUGGCACUCCAGUUGAAAGAAAUAUUCGGGCCUGUUGGCAUUGAUGCAGGAUCACUAACUGUUGAGGAUUGUGUGGUUCAUAUUGAUUUGAAUUUGGCAAGAGUGAUUCAUGAAAAAUGGAAAGAAUCUAUUCUGAAGCGUCAGAGGAGAGAUGAAUCAUGUAAGUUGUCUGCAGAAGGUCCUACUGUGAUUCAGCAGAUAGAUACAGAUGACUCAGAAAUGCUGUUAUCUCAGAAUGCAGACAGUAAAAUACAGAAGAAAAAAAUGAGCUGGGUUUCAGGCUCCUCUGAUGACGUACAGACUAAAAAACCAGCAACAUCAGACGUUUUUCCUUUUAUGGAUCACUGGAAUGCUCAGAUUCAGAAAGUUUCUCUCAGACAAAUAAUUUCUGAAGAAAUAGCUAUGCAGGAGAAACAGGACCUGAGUCGGGUUCCUUCUAUGGCUAGAAAAGACUGUGCCGCUAAACUAAAGGAGAAGCAACUUUUUGAGAUGUUUCCAACUAUUAAUCAGAAUUUCUUAAUGGAUGUCUUCAAGGACAACAACUACUCUUUAGAACAAACUGAACAGUUUCUGAACUGUGUUCUGGAGGCAGAUCCUGUAAAAACAGUUAUAGCUCAAGAAAGUGUUCAGCAAAAUGAAAUUGUUUCUUCCUACAGUGCUGCAAAGAACCGGGAGAAGAAGGCAAAAAAAAGUAAGGAAGAGGAUGAUCCUUUGAGUGAAAUAUUUCAAGAAUUUGAGUAUCCACAAUAUGAUGAUUUAAGAGCAGAAGCUUUUUGCCACCAGCAAAAGAGACAGGAAUGUUUGAAAAAGGCUGGGGAGGCCUAUCGCAUGGGUAUGAAGCCUGUGGCAGCGUUUUAUGCACAUCAGGGUCGCCUUCAUGAGCAGAAGAUGAAAGAAGCCAACCAUGCUGCUGCUGUGCAGAUCUUUGAGAAAGUAAAUACUUCCUUGCUGCCGAUGAAUGUGUUGGAUCUGCAUGGUCUUCAUGUGGAUGAAGCUGUGAAUCAGUUGUCCAGAGUGCUGCAGGAAAAAAGUGAAGAGUACCAGCAGACUGGUGGUAAACCAUAUCUCUGUGUUAUCACGGGAAGAGGAAGCCAUAGUCAGGGAGGAGUUGCUCGCAUCAGACCAGCAGCUAUCAGAUAAAUCACAAGCCACAACUUCAGGUUCACAGAAAUAAAACCAGGCUGCCUGAAAGUCAUGCUGAAUUGA